CCCCAGCAAACCAAGAUGGAGUAUGAGUGGAAACCUGAUGAGCAAGGGCGUCAGCAAAUCCUGCAGCUGCUGAAGGAGUCCCAGUCCCCAGACACCACCAUCCAGAGAACCGUGCAACAAAAACUCGAACUGCUCAGUCAAUAUCCGGAUUUUAACAACUAUCUGAUUUUUGUUCUUACAAAAUUAAAAUCUGAAGAUGAACCCACAAGAUCAUUGAGUGGUCUCAUCUUGAAGAAUAACGUGAAAGCUCAUUUUCAGAACUUCCCAAAUGGUGUAACAGACUUUAUUAAAAGUGAAUGUUUGAAUAAUAUUGGUGAUGCCUCUCCUCUGAUUAGAGCCACUGUAGGUAUUUUGAUUACAACCAUAGCCUCCAAGGGAGAAUUGCAGAAUUGGCCUGACCUCUUACCAAAACUCUGCAGCCUGUUGGAUUCUAAAGAUCGCAACACCUGUGAGGGAGCUUUUGGCGCUCUUCAGAAGAUAUGGGAAGAUUCUGCCGAGAUUUUAGAUAGUGAUGUUUUAGAUCGUCCUCUCAAUAUCAUGAUUCCCAAAUGUUGACAGUUCUUCAAGCACAGAAGUCCAAAAAUAAGAUCUCAUGCUGUUGCAUGUGUCAAUCAGUUUAUUAUCAGUAGGACUCAAGCUCUGAUGUUGCACAUCGAUUCUUUCAUUGAGAAUCUGUUUGCAUUGGCUGGGGAUGAAGAACCAGAGGUAAGGAAAAAUGUAUGCUGGGCUCUUGUGAUGUUGCUUGAAGUUCGAAUGGAUCGCCUGCUUCUUCACAUGCAUAAUAUAGUUGAGUACAUGCUUCAGAGGAUGCAAGAUCAAGAUGAAAAUGUCGCUUUAGAAGCUUGUGAAUUUUGGCUCACUUUGGCUGAGAAACUAAUAUGCAAGGAUGUACUUGUAAGGCAUCUUCCUAAGUUGAUUCCCGUGUUAGUGAAUGGCAUGAAGUACUCACAUAUUGAUAUUAUCCUGCUGAAGGGGGAUGCUGAAGAAGAGAUUCCUGAUAGUGAACAGGAUAUAAGGCCACGUUUUCAUCAAUCGAGGACAGUGGCUCAGCAGCAUGAUGAAGAUGGAAUUGAAGAGGAGGAGGAGGAUGAAAUUGAUGAUGACUAUACCAUUUCUGACUGGAAUCUAGGAAAAGGUUCUGCUGCUGCCCUAGAUGUACUUGCAAAUGUGUAUCGUGAUAAACUUUUGCCACAUAUUUUGCCCCUUUUGAAAGAAUUACUUUUUCAUCAUGAAUGGGUUGUUAAAGAAUCAGGCAUCUUGGUUUUAGGAGCAAUUGCUGAAGGUUGCAUGCAGGGCAUGAUUCCAUACCUGGCUGAACUCAUUCCUCACCUUAUUCAGUGCCUCUCUGAUAAAAAGGCUCUAGUGCGUUCCGUAACGUGCUGGACUCUCAGCCGCUAUGCACACUGGGUAGUCAGCCAACCCCCUGACAUGUACCUGAAGCCAUUAAUGACAGAAUUGCUAAAGCGUAUCCUGGAUAGCAACAAGAGAGUACAGAAAGCUGCCUGCACUGCCUUUGCUACUUUAGAAGAGGAGGCUUGUACAGAACUUGUUCCUUACCUUGCUUAUAUACUUGAUAGCCUGGUCUUCGCAUUUAGUAAAUACCAGCAUAAGAACCUGCUCAUUCUUUAUGAUGCCAUAGGAACAUUAGCAGAUUCAGUAGGACAUCAUUUAAACAAACCAGAAUAUAUUCAGAUGCUAAUGCCUCCACUGAUCCAGAAAUAGAACAUGUUAAAGGACGAAGAUAAAGAUCUCUCUCCAUUACUUGAGUGCCUAUCUUCAGUUGCCACAGCCCUGCAGUCUGGCUUCCUUCCGUACUGUCAACCUGUGUUUCAACGUUGUGUUAACCUAGUGCAGAAGACUCUUGCACAAGCCAUGCUGAACAAUGCUCAGCCAGAUCAAUACGAGGCUCCAGAUAAAGAUUUUAUGAUAGUGGCUGAUUUACUCAGUGGCCUGGCUGAAGGACUUGGAGGCAGCAUUGAACAGCUAGUAGCGCGGAGUAACAUUCUAACACUAAUGUAUCAAUGCAUGCAGGAUAAAAUGCCAGAAGUUCGACAGAGUUCCUUUGCCCUGUUAGGUGACUUGAUAAAAGCUCACUUUCAGCAUGUUAAGCCUUGUAUAGCUGAUUUCAUGCCAAUAUUGGGAACCAACCUAAAUCCAGAGUUCAUUUCUGUUUGCAACAAUGCCACAUGGGCAAUUGGAGAAAUCGCCCUUCAAAUGGGAAUACAGAUGCAGCCUUAUAUCCCUAUGGUGUUGUACCAGCUUGUAGAAAUCAUUAACAGACCCAACACACCAAAAACGUUGUUAGAGAAUACAGUAACAACAAUUGGUCGUCUUGGUUACGUUUGUCCUCAAGAGGUGGUCCCCAUGCUACAGCAGUUUAUAAGACACUGGUGCACCUCUCCGAGAAACAUAAGGGACAAUGAGGAAAAGGAUUCAGCAUUCUGUGGGAUUUGUACCAUGAUCAAUGUGAAUCCCAGUGGAGUAAUCCAAGAUUUUAUAUUUUUUUGUGAUGCUGUUGCAUCAUGGAUUAGCCCAAAAGAUGAUUUCAGAGACAUGUUCUGUAAGAUCCUUCAUGGAUUUAAAAAUCAAGUUGGGGAUGAAAAUUGGAGGCGUUUCUCUGACCAGUUUCCUCUUCCCUUAAAAGAGCAUCUUGCAGCUUUUUAUGGUGUUUAAUCUUACACACUUAAGCUGCAGUCCCAUAAUUAGGGGUCCUUCA